UGAGCAGUCCGUCGUGGCAGUUUGCGGGUGAGGUCAGAACAGAGCCAACCAUAGGAAUAAACGAGAAUCGAAUAGCUUCGCCCGCUGGGUGUGAAAUCGCAAACUUGCGCUAGAAGGUUCAGUUUUGUGGAAAAUUCUUCUCCGCCCGCGGUUCGCUCUAGCCCGACGGUGCACGCUGCCGGUACUUCGUUUUCCCCUCGUGGCGACGUCGAGGUGCUGAGUCGUGCUCGACGAAGGACUACUUCGUGUAGCGUACGACACCUGCUUGAAGACUGACUGACGGACAUCAUGCCAACCUGUGCGUCUCUCCUCACCGCUUGCUUGCAGACUGGUGGAAGCUACUGCUACGGCAGCUGACGAAACGAUCACGAUCGAAAGAGAAUGCGUUCGACGUCUGUCUUCGAUGUGGCACACAACAGGUAUGAAGAAAUUUAUAAGACAAUAAGCAUUUUUGCACUACAGUGUCGUACGUUCGGCGUAGGUUGCAGCGAAUUUUGAAUUGACCACGUAGCACCACGUCGUCGCGAAGGAAAAAUCGAUAUUCUAAUACUAAAAAACAGAAAUCAUCACGGGAUCGGUGCGUUGUGCGAACAGGGAAACGGGGUCGAUCAAGAGACGGGAAUCAGCCGGCAAACGUGGUGAACAAAAAAAACGUCUUUUGGGUCUUGCAGUGUCCACGGAUGGUUGUAAUGAUAUACUCAUUAUGUUUCUGAAGCGGAAAAGAUGAAGUUUCUGGUUCGACAUGUCGCCGAACUGGACUACAGCUGUCCAGUAUGUGAAUAAAAAAUUUUGUAGUAGUGUCCACACGGUGCAAAAAAUGUACGACGAAAAUUUGCAAUUAGAACGGAUGAUAUGAGACGCGCACGACUUACACGGAAAGAUUUGUUCGCCGCGUAUGUGACG